AUGGCUUCUGUGGUGAAUGUAUGCAGUGUAAAUGUGUUGGGAAAUCCCGGAAAAUUCGGUGACCCUUUCAAGUUGGAAAUCACUUUUGAAUGUUACGAACCUCUCAUAGAUGACCUAGACUGGGAACUAGUGUAUGUUGGUUCAGGUGAAUCAAAUAAAUAUGAUCAAAUUCUUGAUUCCAUUCUAGUCGGUCCAGUUGUGGAAGGACGUCACAAGUUUAUUUUCGAGGCUGAUGGUCCGGACCCGUCUAAAAUACCGGAAAGUGAAAUUGUUGGUGUAACAGUGCUGUUGUUGAAGUGUAGAUACAUGGAACAGGAAUUCAUUAAUAUUGGUUGGUUCGUUGCGACAGAAUACACGGAUCCAGAAUUCCAGGAAGAACCCCCUGCAUCUCCGAUUCUGGAGAAACUGCAAAGAAGAGUUUGUACUGAUGAUGUCCGCGUAACUACGUUUGCGAUCAAAUGGAGGAAAAAUGAAGGAAGUGGAGAUAUGGAAGAUAUUGAAACCAUGAUAGAAAAAACAGAGGACGAUUUUCCUAUGAGAAGCGAUGAUGAUAAAAAUGAUGAUCGAAAGCAGAACAUAGGGAUUGUUGAAGAAAAAAUUGGGGAUGACUUAGAAAUGGAAGAAUCUAUUGAAGGUACGAAUAAAACGAUCACCAAUGGUUUACCGCUUCUCGAUGUCACUAAUGAAUCGAUUCCUGAUUUGGUUGAUUAA